CUGAUACUGCCACAACCUGUCUCAGCAGGCCCUGAGACCAAUGUAAUGGACACUCUGGGAGCCAUAAUCGACAAGUUUUGGGCCAUGCUGCUCAACCGUGCAAGGCAAACAACAACCACACGGGAGCCCAAUAAGGAAGACCGUGUAAGCAAUAAGGAGCGGCCUGGGAGGCCUCUUAUGGGCCGACAGCUACCCCACACUAAUCCGACUACACUAAAGCGACGGAAGCCGCAGAAACAACACUACCGGCUGAGACGCCCUGCCCACCGCUGCCGUGAAUACCACCACUUGUCCUGGGCUACAUGGAGAAACCACCACGGCCACCUCUGAGCCGCUCCCCAGGCCGUCCAGGGAAAGGCAUCUCCCCACCAAACGAGAGAGCCGCUGCCUGGCGUGUCACCACCAUGCUGGACAGUCUGGUAAACCCUGUGGGCAUAGGCUGAAAGGGAUCAACCCGAGUGACAUGUGGAGCUGGGGCCACCCCUAUACAAUUAACCUCUUCACAGGACAUUGUAAC